AUGCGGCGCCUGAAUCGCCGCUUGGCUCUGCCGAUCUUCGGGGUACUCUGGAUCACCGUGCUGCUGUUCUUCUGGGUAACCAAGAAGAAGUUCGAGCUGCCGCCGGGACCUGAAGUGCAGACCCCCAAGAAUUUGGACACUGACUGGGAAGACCUGUGGGACCAGUUUGAUGAGCGGCGGUAUCUGAACGCCAAAAAGUGGCGCAUUGGUGACGAUCCCUAUAAGCUGUAUGCUUUCAACCAGCGGGAAAGCGAGCGGAUCUCCAGCAAUCGGGCCGUCCCGGACACUCGCCAUUUGAGGUGCACCCUGCUGGUGUACUGUGCGGACCUGCCCCCGACCAGCAUCAUCAUCACCUUCCACAACGAGGCCCGCUCCACCCUGCUCAGAACCAUCCGCAGCGUACUGAACCGCACUCCUAUGAAUCUGAUCCAGGAAAUCAUACUGGUGGAUGACUUCAGCAAUGACCCUGAUGACUGCAGUCAACUCAUCAAGUUGCCCAAGGUGAAAUGCAUCCGCAACACAGAGCGGCAAGGUCUGGUCCGGUCCCGGAUCCGGGGCGCCAGUGUUGCCCAGGGCACCACUCUGACCUUCCUUGACAGCCACUGUGAAGUGAACAGAGACUGGCUCCAGCCCCUGCUGCACAGAGUCAAAGAGGACUACACGCGGGUGGUGUGCCCCGUGAUUGACAUCAUCAGCUUGGACAACUUCAACUACAUCGAGUCCGCCGCGGAGCUCAGGGGUGGGUUUGACUGGAGCCUCCACUUCCAGUGGGAGCAGCUCUCCCCAGAGCAGAAGGCUCGGCGCCUGGACCCCACCGAGCCCAUCAGGACUCCGAUCAUCGCUGGAGGGCUCUUCGUGAUGGACAAAUCCUGGUUCGAAUACCUGGGGAAAUAUGACACAGACAUGGACAUCUGGGGUGGAGAGAACUUCGAAAUCUCCUUCAGAGUGUGGAUGUGCGGGGGCAGCCUCGAGAUCGUCCCCUGCAGCCGGGUGGGCCACGUCUUCCGGAAGAAGCACCCGUAUGUUUUCCCAGAUGGAAAUGCCAACACAUAUAUAAAGAACACCAAGAGGACAGCUGAAGUGUGGAUGGAUGAAUACAAGCAGUACUAUUAUGCUGCCCGGCCAUUUGCCCUGGAGAGGCCCUUUGGAAACGUCGAGAGCAGAUUGGAGCUGAGGAAGAAUCUGCACUGCCAGAGCUUCAAGUGGUACCUGGAGAAUGUCUAUCCAGAGCUCAGAGUCCCCAACGAUUCCUCCAUCCAGAAGGGCACUAUCCGACAGAGGCAGAAGUGCCUAGAGUCUCAAAGGCAGAGAAACACCGAGAUCUACAACCUCAGGCUAAGCCCCUGUGUCAAGAUCAAAGGCGAGGAUGCAAAAUCCCAGAUAUGGGCCUUCACAUACACCCAGCAGAUCCUCCAGGAGGAGCUGUGCCUGUCCGUCGUCACCAUCUUCCCUGGAGCCCCGGUGGUUCUUGUCCUCUGCAAGAAUGGAGAUGACAGACAGCAGUGGACCAAGACUGGUUCCCGCAUAGAGCACAUAGCAUCCCACCUCUGCCUAGACACGGACAUGUUUGGUGAUGGCUCCGAGAAUGGCAGGGAAAUCGUUGUCAACCCAUGUGAGUCGUCACUUAUGAGCCAGCACUGGGACCUGGUGAGCUCUUGA